AUGAAGGCUGAACCGGAAACACUUGAAGAUGAUCUUGAUAAAUAUGCUGCAAGUGCCAUGAAAAUGAAGAAGGAAAAGGUUGAUCUCAAAGAAUUUUCAGCCUACUUGGAAUUUCCAGUUUCUCAGACCUUAGAAUGUAUGUUUGCCCUUUUUGAUGAGAAGGAAGAUGGUGUAAUUGACAUUCGGGAAUUUGUCAUUGCUCUGUCAGUUGUCUGUAAGCCAUCCAAAACUCUGGAAACAAUUCAGUUGGCAUUUCAGCUGUACCAGUCAGAAGGUGGAACUGUAACAGAAGAGGAUUUAGCUUGUAUUCUGAAGACUGCCAUGGGUGUGUCACAAAUUGAUGUUACACAUCUUUUUAGAGCUGUAGAUGAAGAAGAAAAAGGAAAGAUUACAUAUGAUGACUUCUACACGUUUGCUGUGUUGCACCCACACUUUGCAGAAGAAUAUCUCUAUGCUGAUCAGAUGGGAGCUGAGAGCGGCUUGGAGCGGCGUUCUGCUCCGAAUGGUAUCUGUACUGACUUCAGCCCUGACAGCAUUGAAGAUCAAAGGAAGCCCUUGCAGAAGAAACUGAAUUAACACUACAACUGUUACCUUCCUCUCCUGGUGAGAGGGAUUUUUCUUGGGAUUUUCAUAAGUCACUCCAAUUAUACAGCAAAUACCAGUUUUGUGUGUGAAAGUUCUACCUGAAUACCAUCUUUAAAUCAUAUGUGCUAUAUUUAACAUGCUCCAGGUUACUUUGGGAAAGGUAGGGGAUUUUUUGGGGUUUGGGUUUUUUUUUUGUUUUGUUUUGUUUUUUUUUUUUUGGAAAGGUCUUUGAAAGGCAAAAAUGUGAAUGUGCUUCAUUAUUAAUGUUCAUAUUUAAAAGGAAGCGGCACAACUUAUUUAUAUUCCAUUGGCUAGUUCCAUGUACAAAGUGUCGCACAAACUGUGCAUGUAUAAAGAAACUGUAGCUACUAUGGUGUAAAGUGCACUUUGGUGAUUAGUGUUUUCCCUAGUUAUGGGAAUGUUUAUUUGGGGCCAAACUUUGCUGUCCAUAUCUGAAUAGUCAGGCUUGUUGAUUUCGGUGGGAUUAUUCUCUUGACCAAGGCAAGCAUACUUU